CUAGUCACAUCAAAACAGCGAGAGAACGCGCCGAGGAUUCAGAGAACACGCCGCCGCCACGGACCACGCACCGCUCGACAGCCGAGAAUGCUCCUCCCCUUCGCGCUCCUCGCCGGCGCCGCCGCCGGCGCCUUCCUCCUCUUCAAGUCCGCCACCGCCGAUGGCGAUUUCACCCUCUUGUCGUGCGGCCGGGCGCGGCGGGACAAAGUCGAAGGCAAGGUUGUAUGGAUUACGGGGGCGAGCCGUGGGAUUGGGGAGGUUCUUUCGAUGCAGUUUGCGAGUUUAGGAGCAAAGCUCAUACUAUCUGCACGUAACAAGGAGGAGCUUGAGAGAGUGAAACGUAACAUCAUGAGCAAGCAUCCAGAUAGCAAAAUUGAAGUAUUACCCAUGGAUUUAUCAUCUGAUGAAGAAUCUCUGAAAGAAGUUGUACAUUCAGCGGAAUCACUCUUUUCCAGUGCAGGCAUUGACUAUAUGAUGCACAAUGCGGCCUUUGAGCGUCCAAAAAGGGGGGCCCUGGAAGAAACUGAGGAAGGUCUUAAGGCUACUUUUCAUGUCAAUGUCUUUGGAACAAUUACUUUGACUCGUCUUCUUGCACCUUUCAUGUUGGAUAGAGGGAUGGGUCAUUUUGUUGUGAUGAGUAGUGCAGCUGGAAAGGUGCCCACACCUGGUCAGGCUCUUUACUCUGCUUCCAAACAUGCUCUCAAUGGCUACUUUGCUUCUCUGCGCUCUGAGUUAUGUACGAAAGGCAUUAAGGUCACUGUUGUCUGUCCUGGACCUAUUGAAACACCAGUAUCUUCUGGUGCAACUUCUUCAUCACAAAGGCAUUCAUCCGAGAAACGUGUUUCAGUGGAAAGAUGUGCUGAACUGACAAUAGUUGCCGCAACUCAUGGACUAAAAGAAGCAUGGAUAUCAUAUCAGCCUGUGCUGGCUGUUAUGUACGUGGUGCAAUACAUGCCAACAAUUGGAUGCUGGAUUAUGGACAAGGUUGGUGCAAAGCGAGUGGAUGCCGCUGCAAAGAAAGGCAACGCCUACAGUUGGAAUCUCCUCUUCGGUGGCAAAAAGUCGGCUUGACGAUGAAGUUGUUCAUUACGCCUACAGGUGGAAUCUCAUUGAGAUUCUGAAAGUCAUACACAUCUAUCUAUAUAGAUUAUGAACCUUGUUACCCUUUUUCAUCUUUAUGUGUGAAAUGACCAACGGGAAGCAAGCACUCCUUGUAAUGUCACCUAGUCAGCGAGUUGGAAGUAUUUUAGAACUCGGAUACAAGUCAGCAUUCCAGCUUUGCAUUUCCACGAAAGAAUAAAUCAUGCAAGAUGGACUAUUUAUCUGUUGUGUUUCCUGUGUA